UUACUUGGUAAAUUAAAAAUGUCUCAAUAAUUGCACAGUAAAAGACCAAUUUUAAACCGUUGAUUUUCACGUUGACAGAACACGAAACAUCAUUGUUGUCAUGUCAAAAAAGUUUCAAGAUGGUCGAAGUCUAAAGCGGUUCCUUCAAAACAAUGAAGCGUGAUGCGACUGAAAUAAUACGAAAGCGAGAUAACGUCUGAUUAAGAGCUGCAUUGACGAAGCUUAUCGCGAAAUUUCGUUCGCCAGUGUUUGUGUGCUGUAACAAUGAUGAAACUAUGUCUCUUCCAAAUCGUUCUGUCGCAUUUAAUAACAACAAAGGUAAACAAUUUUUACGGAGCGAGCGGGCCGAUAAUUUGCCGAGUGCCAGCGAAAAUGGGGUAGGUUUCGGCAGGGGAAGCGUCAACUUCCCGGGCAAUUCGAACUCCACUUCUCUGUCGCAUUUCAACGCCGGAUUGUCGAGGAAAUCCGUCUCGGCGGCCGUUUUGAACGAGCUCCAAUGCAACUCGUUGUAUCGCAAGCAACAGACCAAAUUGGACCCCAGGAAAAGCUCGUCGGUGGAGUUUUUGGAAACUUCGGGCAGCUCGGAAAGGCGGGACAACAAGCUAUCGAAUCCGGACUUGCUUUCGAGGCGCGACAGAAGGUCCACUUCGCUAUCGGAUUUGUUCAAAAGGAAGACUAGUAUUUGCUAG